AGAAAGGAGAGAGAAGGCUCAGACAGACACCUGAGCUUACUAGUUAGUGAGUAGUGACUACCACUCUAACAAUCUAUCUUUGAGGCUUUGACCAUUGUCCUCCAUUUCCCCAAAACUUGCUCCUUUUCCUUUUCUUUUCCUUGCUACUCUUCAACAUUUCUACCAUUUUUUUGCGCGUCCCAGCUCACAGCAGUAGCAUCAUUACUAUACACUGAUUACUAUUGCCUCCCUAUCGACUUUGACGUUAAAAUAUGCAGACAACAAAAGCAAGAGCUAGCACUUCAGAAAUGCCCCGAAGGAAAUCUCCUGCAACUCCUCGUGCCGGUCGACAAUCCAGGGCACCAGGCUCUGAUUCAGACUCUGCCUCCUCAUCUCCGAACCCAUUGAGUAAGACUCCAAAGGAUAAAAUCCCAAAGGUUGUUGAACACAAGUCACCACGAAGUCCAUUGUCUGAGAAGAAGAGGCCGACUAGGGUCCAGGAAUUGGAGUCUCAACUUGCUCAACUUCAGGAGGAUCACAAGAGAGCUAAGGAUCAACUUAACUCUUCUGAGUCAUGGAAAAGAAAGGCUCAGCAAGAGGCCGAAGAGGCGAAAAAGCAGCUUGUAGCAAUGACAAAAGAGCUGGAGGAGUCCCAGCAUCAGCUUUUGGAACUAUCUGCUUCUGAAGAAGAACGGAUUCAAGAACUCCGUAAAAUCUCUCAAGACCGCGACCGAGCAUGGCAGUCUGAACUAGAGGCUGUUCAAAAGCAGCAUGCAAUGGAUUCAUCUGCUCUGGCAUCUGCCAUGAAUGAAAUCCAGAAGCUGAAAAUGCAACUCGAAAGAGCACGCGAAUCUGAAGCUUCUCAGGCAAACAAUGCAGAUACAGCUCAUGCUGAGAUUCAGGAGCUGAGAAUGGAGCUCGACGAGACACUCUCGUUUCUGGAAAAGCUGAAAAAUGAAGUAAAUGAUUGCAAAGAAUCUGAGUCCCGGGCAUUGGAAAUAGUUGGCAAAACUCAAAUGCAGUUAGAAGAAGCAAAUAAGACUGUGGAAACACUCCAGUUAGAAGCUAUGAAAGCCUCAGAAGCUUAUAAAGCCAUAGCUUUGGAGUUGGAGCAGUCAAGAGGUCAAGUUAAAGCAUUGGAGGAACAUGUGAACAAGCUCCAGGCUGAUUUGGCUUGUGGUGCUAAGAAAGAUACAUCAGGCCCAAGCAAUGAACCUGGAACUGAAAUGGAAACUGUAGAAAAUGAGGACAUAAAGCAGCUCAAAGCAGAGCUUAUCUCCGUGAAAUCUGAAGCAGCAAAAUUGAAAUCUGCAUUGGAUGUUGCUGAGGCACGGUACCAAGAAGAAUAUAUCCAGAGCACAUUGCAGAUUCGAAGUACAUAUGAACAGCUGGAGCAUACAAAAUCGGAGUCAUGUAAGCGACAAGCUGAAUUAUGCGAGGAACUGAAAAUAGCUAAAGCUGACAUGGAAGAGCUUAGGACGAGCCUGAUGGAGAAGGAAACGAGGUUGCAGGGUGUGUCGGAAGAGAAUGAGGGGCUCAAGUCAAAGAUGAAGCUGAGCCAGCCUAGUGAAAGAGAAUCUGAACUCGUGGGGCAGCUCAGAAAAUUGGAAGUUAAUGUAGCUGAGUUGAAGGAAACACUAAUGGAUAGAGAGACCGAACUGCAGAAUAUAACCGAGGAGAACAGCUCGCUGAAAAUGGAGAUAGAGAGGCGGGAAUCAGAGAAGAACAAGAUUACUGAUGAGGCUGUUGCUUCGGCAGAAGCAGCAAGAGCUGCAGAGCGAGAGGCACUGAUGAAACUCGGUUCCAUAACAGAAGAAGCGGAUAAAAGCAACCAUAGAGCAGUUCGGGUAACCCAGCAAUUAGAUGCUGCACAGACUGCAAAUUCUGAGUUAGAGGCCGAGUUAAGGAGACUUAAAGUGCAGUCGGAUCAGUGGAGGAAGGCUGCGGAAGCAGCUGCCACCAUACUAUCUGCUGGAAACAAUGGAAAGGUUGUGGAGAGAACCGGUUCACUUGAUAAUAAUUUCAAUUCUAUCACUGGCAAGAUGACUUCUCCUUAUUCAGAAGACACAGAUGAUGACUCGCCCAAGAAGAAAAACACAAACAUGUUGAAGAAGAUUGGAGUUUUGUGGAAGAAGAAUCAUUGAGUGUCCAAGGUUUCAAGCACUACUUGGGGAACUUUUAACCUUACAAAGAUCAUGGUGUCACAACAUCACAAAAAUAUGUAUAUUUGAAGAUGAUGGUGGUUUCAAUUCCCUCAGCUUUGUAAUGGCGCAAUGCUUGGUCUUUUUGAAGUUUUCAUGUCAUCACAUUCCUAGUUACUAGUUAGUGGGUAAUAGAGAAGGGUGAGGACUCCAUGUUGGGCAACUUUUGAUGAUGUAUGUAAUUUAACAACUAUCAUGUAUGUUUUAUGUUAUAUGCCAUCUUUUGAAUAAACGAAGAAAAAAGGGGCAUUUUCUUAUCUGACCCUUUUCUUUUC